AUGAAGUUUCAAACUGUGGUUUACUGGGGUCAAUAUACUGGUGAAAAGAGUCUCGCAGACUAUUGUAAUUCAAUAUCUGGAAUUGAUAUUAUUGUCCUAGCAUUCUUAAAUAAUCUUUUACCCGGUAACACCCUUUCAGGAUCGCUUGGUCCCCUAUGCUCUAUCGGUGCCUCCGGAAGUAUCCAAGGCUGUAAUAAUAUAGCAUCAGAUAUUAAAACAUGCCAAGCUGCAAACGUCAAAAUUAUUAUUUCUUUAGGUGGCUGGUAUAGUUCAAUCUCUCUGCAAUCGGCAAGUCAAGCUGAAGAUGUUGGGCAAUCCUUAUGGGACAUGUAUGGCAAUGAACCAAACAGUACUGCACCAAGACCAUUUGGCGAAGCAUUCGUUAAUGGCUUCGACUUCGAUAUUGAGCAUCAAGAUGACAAUUACAAUCAAUAUUAUCAAAAUAUGAUUAAACAGUUACGCUCCAAUUUUGCCAAAGACUCCUCAAACAAAUACUAUAUUACAGGGGCACCUCAAUGUUUUCUCCCUGAAACUAACAUGGGCACUAUUAUUCAAAACUCCGAGUUUGACUAUUUAUGGAUUCAAUUUUAUAACAAUAACUGUGCUCUGGCUAUUGACAAUGGCAAAAAUUUUAAUUAUAAAGACUGGACGGAUAUUUUGUUCACAACGCAGUCGAGAAAUGCUAGUCUUUUUAUUGGCUUGCCUGCAUCAGUAAACGCAUCAACUGGUUCAGACAGUGGGUCACAAUAUUAUAUCGCUCCGGAACAGUUAGCUACCCAUAUUAAUAGCCAAAAAAGUGAACAGAAUUUUGGAGGUGUUAUGCUUUGGGACGCUGGGUAUUCUGAUGGAAAUAUUAAUAACGGAUGCACUUACGCACAAAACAUUCAUCAUAUCCUUGUUACUGGAUCUGCUUGUGGGCAUUCAGAAUCGCUCAUGUCAUCACCGCUAAGCUCACGAACUACCGCAUCAGCACAGGCAGCUUAUACACCACCACUAGAAACAACGUCAUCUAUAUUAGAUAAAGUGCCUAUAUGGGGUCAGUGCGGUGGCCAAGAUUAUACUGGACCAACACUGUGCCUACCGCCGUAUCAAUGUAUUCAACUAAGCAAGUGGUGGUCAUCUUGUCACUAA